UUCCAUUUCCAAUUAUCCGCAUAAUUUUUUUUGUAAAAUUGAAUGGCAUCCGGAGGCCAUUCCGGCGAGCUUCCCGAAGUUCUGGUUCUAGGGUUUCCAUGGGUCUUACCCUCUCUGGAAUCCCAAUUCUCCAACAGAUUUCAUUUCCUUAAACCAUCCAAUUCCGACCUUCCUUUACUCCAAUUCCUCUCUUCUUUCGCCCAAUCCGCCCGAGCCCUGCUCAUCCCCGGCGGCGGCAUCCAACUCACCUCCGCCAUUCUCGACUGCCUCCCCGCGCUCAAGCUCGUCGUCACUACCAGCACUGGCCUCGACCACCUCGACUUGCCGGAAUUACGCCGCCGUGAAAUCGAUAUCGCCUAUGCUGGAAACUUGUUCACUCAAGAUGUCGCCGAUUUGGCGGUUGGAUUACUGAUCGAUGUUCUUAUGAAAGUUUCGGCUGGUGAUCGGUUCGUGAAGCAGGGGAUUUGGCCUUCCAAACGGAAAUUUUCCCUCGGAUUAAAGUUAAGCGGCAAGCAAAUUGGGAUAGUUGGAUUGGGGAAAAUAGGCACAGAAGUAGCCAAAAGGCUGGAGGGUUUUGGGUGCAGAAUCUCAUACAACUCAAGAACCAAAAAGCCAUUAGUACCAUACUCCUACUAUUCCAAUGUACAUGAACUUGCAGCCAACUGUGAAGCCCUCAUCAUUUGCUGCGGCUUAACGGCCGAAACCCGACAUAUGAUCGACAGGGACGUGAUGGUUGCGUUAGGCAAAGAUGGAGUGAUAGUCAACGUCGGCCGAGGGGCGAUCGUCGACGAGACCGAGCUGGUUCGACGCUUGAUUCAAGGGGAGCUUGGAGGAGCUGGGCUGGAUGUGUUUGAGAAUGAACCUGAAGUUCCUGAAGAGCUGUUUAAUCUUGAUAAUGUUGUGUUGUCGCCUCAUGUUGCUGUCUUAACAACUGAAUCUAUGGUGGGAUUGACUCAAUUGGUGGUCGAGAACUUGGAGGCGUUUUUCUCGAACAAGCCUUUGGUGACUCCGUUCGAGGAUUAUUCGAGUUGAACGGUAUAAAAAUGUUUUUGAAUUUUAGACGUUUAAAGCUUCGUUUUAGUCAUUGAACUUUUCGAUCGUUUCAAACAGUUAUAAUUGUGUCGUAGAUGAUGUACUAUAUGCUCACUACAACAUAUCCGAGAUUUUGUGACUCGGGAAACUUGUCACCCACA